ACAAUUUAAUUGCACCACUGUUAAGUGUGAAGGCAUACUAUCGUUUAGUCCGUAAUGUAGUAGUGAAUACUUUUGGGAUUGGAACGUGGCCAUGAUUCGGUCCGUUGCGUCCCACCAAAACAGGAAGUUUUCUGAGUUGACAGGCUAACUAACUAGCCUGCAGGGUACAUACGCAUUUGUUAUUUAUUUUUCAACAAGUGUUAGAAUCGUGUGGACUAUCUGUCAGUGCCACAGACGACAAACGAUAGCUCUGCAGUAAUCCUAACUAGACAGAGACCGUAACAUGAAGUUAUGGAGGAGCGAAAGCUAAAGAGAAAGAGUCCCAAAAUCUCCACCAGCACAGCGGCUCCGACCGGUGGCUCUGGCCGGAAGAGCAGCGCUACCUCCGGGGGACGGCACGGAGGCUCCAGCCAUAACGCGGGGACACACUCCAGCCAAAAGAGCAAAAAUAGGAGGGGGGUUAGAGACAAACCCAAGCAUCAUCUGGGUGUGGCUGGUAAAUCUAUUCAGAAGCAGGGCCAGGCAGCACCUAUUAUCCAGCACUCCUUUCUGACUGAUGUUUCAGACGUACAGGAGAUGGAGAACGGCCUGCUCAGUCUCCUCAACGAUUUCCACUCAGGGAAACUACAAGCAUUUGGCAACGAGUGCUCCAUUGGCCAGAUGGAGCAUGUGAGAGAGAUGCAGGAGAAGCUGGCACGCUUGCACUUUGACCUCUACGGCGAGGCGGACGAAAUGCCAGAGGACCAGAAGAAAGUGGCCUCCGACACCAACAUGGACAAAUUACUUUUAAAUCUUGAGGAGCUGAGUUCUUCGAUUCAAAAGCUGAAUCUAGCCGACUCCCAAGAGAUCCCGAGGACGGCCAGUAUGUGAUUUUUCUCUUCUCAAACCCCAUCUGACCUGGACCCACGCCACCCGGAGGCAUAAGGUGGAGUUGAAGCAAGCUCGAGGCAUUACUUCUCUUAAGUAUUGUGGCAGAAAUGGCAGCAAAGCGGUUCACCAGCGUUCUCUGUACAGCGACAUGGAUGUAUUGUAAGAUGUCACAACAGGGAUGCACUAACAGCCUUUAUAGUAGAAAAUAGUUUGAAUCAAGACAACAAUAGUUAACUUCCCCACCUCUUCUGGUAAAUCAGAUAGUGUAUUGUCUUCUCUCUUAUAGUCAUAUCGGGGGAGGGUUAAGAUCUAUGAGAUCCUAAGUUACUAUCUGACCUACAGUACUUUAUAUACUGGCGUUAGUGCAUCCCUGUCAUGACCAGUUUGAAGUCCAGUUGUAGCCAGUUCAUUCCUUUCCACACAAUUUAGAUUUACAAUACAUUUGCUAUGAUAUUAAUCUAAAACAAUCACCUUGUUUUCUCCAACAGUUGAUUAAUUCCUUGAAAGGAUCUUCAGCUUUGUUAAAAGUGAACUGACUGCAAACUUCAGAUAUAAUAUAUAUAUAUAUAAACUCACUCUGUUGCACUUUGCCUUCUCUUUGUCACAGGUCAGUGUAACUGCAACGUCACAAACUAAAGACCCACAGAUUAAUUUAUCAAUAUAAAUACAGAAAAGUUUCCUUAUUAAGUUACGUUCUACUUAAAUUAUUCAAUCUUAAAAUACGUUAUAAACGCACAGUAGAGUGUGAACAUGGAAACAGCUGUGUAUGUUAUGAGUGACCCCAGUUUGUGAUCUUUGCAUAUGAUUUCUUGCUACAUGCGAGUGGCCUGAUCUCACCUCCAACACCUCGUUCAGUGUCGAUUAUGUUUGCACGUAUCCAUGCAACAUGCAAAACACAAUUAUCACUGGUGUGUUGGUUUGACGCUGGGAAAUACUGAAUUAUCCAAAUGUUGACAUCACAACCAUGCCUUAAUGUUUUUAAUUUAAUCAUCUUUGCCUUAUUGGUUCUUAAUUGUUUAAUUUACUUGCAUAGAACGGGUUUGGAUUCUGUGUUUUAAGAAUCAUUUGAUGCUGCUUUGAUUGUAAAUCCUAUUUUAUUUUAACCAGUGUUGUGUGUGUGUGUGUGUGGGGGGGGGGGGGGGCGAGAUUAUUAUGAAGUGUUUUAACUGUUUGGUGGUUUUAUUUUUAUUGACCUAAUAAAUGUGUUGUCUGAAUCUCCAGGUGCAUAACUUUUAAAUGUGUGUGUACGUUCUCUUCCUGUACUGCGGUUAGUAAGAUUGUAACAGAGCUUGUAUUGUUUCUGCUUUUUCUGUCCAUUUAAUAUCCACAUUGUCCUCAAAGUAUUCCUGUCGUAUGAGCAGUAGGGGGUGUGUGAAACAUGCGAAUGAAUACAUUGAUUAAUUAAUCACAUCAUUAUAGAUAUACAUUUGGAAAGUGUAUCUUGUGGACCAAUAUGAUUGUAUACAGUAAUCUUAUUCCUUCCAUAUUAAAAAAAGAAAUCCAUAAAGGAAUGAUCAAAGAAGUUGUACAACAUAAA